AUGGUGUCUCUGUCGAGUGAAGGCGGAGGCCAUGCGGGGGCCUCCACCUUCACUUCUCAGAGCUCGUCGAAAUCGCGUGACGUCUGUACGCAGGAAGAGCUGCAGCGCGCGGAACGCCUUGGGUCAGCUUGGCUACAGCGUUACCGUCACAUAGAAGGCUCGAGCCUGCUCCCUUCUGUGGAUCCUUUGAACGAGUUGCUGCUAGGGCUCGACUUUUUUGCAGACCUCCGCGAGGAAGUCCACACUCCGACGGGGAAGUCCUCACCAGCCUCUGUGGCUUCUGAAGACUUAAACGAAGGGAGUGAAACUAGUGAAAACGAAAAUGAAGACGAUGCAAGCGAGGAGGAGCGCGAGGAGGCCAAGGGUACAUCACAAGAUGCCCAAUUUUCCGAGAAAAAUUCACAGGGGCACCAACAACGGGAAUACCUACGGCCCAUCCCCACAGUAAUACCCAACGAAAAUGUGUAUAUCGGCUUCUUCCUCCCUUUGUUCCUUCAAGAGGCCAAACAGGCCUUAGCAAGAGCCAUCAAACUGGACCUGGGAGCUCCUGAGGAGUUCGUGCAGCAAAGCGGUGAGCCUCGGGGUUCCUUCCUGUCUCUGCUGCUGAGUCGAUCGGGAGGGAUGGCUGCUGCUGUUUCUUCUUCUGCAUGUCGCUACUGCCACGGAGACUUGGUGCUCAUGUACCUCCCGGCAAAUCGAGUGGCUGAUGACGAGGCAGAGAAGCAGACAGCGCCGCACAAAGCGAGCGAAGGGGAGACCCAAGAAGACUCAGGGAACAAAGACGACGACCCCAGUGCGAUGAAGGCCUCUAGCGGGGAGCUUCCAGCUGUGCAGGCAGAUGCACUGCCGUUGACCCGAAUGUUGAGACCCAAAGAUACCGACUGCCACGUGCUCGGAGUUGUGUCUCAGGGGCAGCACGAAGCCAUCAGUGUUAAGGUGUUGACCCCUUUAGGCCCCGCAUACAAUGGCGAGGGCUCGUCGCAACUGCAGUUGAACAAAGCCAAGCUUCCGAGGCCUUUGAACAACCCCUUGCUGGAGGGCCAGGAGAGCGUCCAGUCGGAGAGUGGAGAAGAGGCUGCCGCCGUGUCUCCGCCCGUUGGUACUGGUGCAAGCGGUGAGGGCUCCUUACCAUCUGAAGGGCAGCGCGCACAGACGCCACUUGCCUCUACAGCGGACGAGGCGUCACAAAAGGCCUCUGAGAGACAGACGGAGGAAAAGCCGCAACAGGGAGAGCGGCGCCUUGUGAUCCCGGAGGCCCUAAGGGCCCGUUUGGAAAGUCUGUACAACGCCAGCCAGCUCGCCGCCCUGGAGGAUUCGCUCAAGGUGGAGGGAGUUACUCUCAUUCAAGGCCCACCUGGCACAGGGAAGACUUCCACCAUUGUUGGCGUUGUAUCCGUCAUACUCCAUGCCCAGCUGGAGGGCCAACACGAAUCCUACGCGCGCUCGCCUAGCGAGCAGGGAGCAACAGAGGGAACUGCAGAUAGCCCAUGGGCAAGAGAACAAGGUGCAGCGACGUCUCAGUCAAAGUGGCGUCCGUGGCUGCAGCCGAACUAUGCCGCUUGGAUGGAUGCAGACGAGGUCGCGCUAGAGGAUUUGGACUCUCAAUCGAUGCUGCAGCCAGCGGCUGUACCCACUGAUCCGCCUAUCUGCCUAUCGAGAGAACGCCAUGAGCUUCAGCCAGUACGCACAUGCACGCACUUCUAUAUAGGUGCAUGUGGUGUAUAUGUUGUCUACAGUCGGAUAUUAGUUUGUGCGCCAUCAAAUGCGGCAAUUGACGAGAUCGUCAAACGUCUGACAGCCGAUCCAGAGACAGGAGGCGGAAUAUUUGAUGGUAGCGGCCAAAGAUUCUCACCAGCAGUUGUCCGCGUGGGGCCUAAUGUACAUCCUGAGCUGCUGCAGCACAGUCUGCAGUACAAAGCCCUACAGAGGCUUAGAGCCCGAGGAUCCACUAACUUCGCUGCCUUAGCAGCCGCCAAGGCAGAUGUGUUGAGGGACAGUGUAAUCGUCUGCGCCACCAUUUCGGUCUGCGGCUCCAACGACCUGACCUCUCUUGCCGACUGUUUUGAUACGGUUGUUGUAGACGAGGCUUCCCAGGCUGUUGAACUGGCGACUCUCAUACCACUUAGGUUGGGAUGCAGAAGACUCAUUCUCGUGGGCGACCCAAAGCAACUCCCCGCCACUAUCUUUUCGCGCCAUGCAAUUCAGUUGCGGUACGAUCGCUCUCUCUUCCAACGCCUUGAGGGGGCAGGCCAGCCAACGAACAUGCUGAGUCAGCAGUACCGCAUGCACCCUGCCAUCUCCCGCUUCGCGUCCGUCGCCUUCUAUGAAGGGCUGUUGCGGGAUGCCCCCCAUUUGCCCAACGGCCUGUGGACGCCAUUUCCUUCUUGGCACCGGCUGCCCAUCCUCCAGCCCAUCGUAUUUUUUAAUCUCGACAGCGAGCACACUGAAGAGCACACCUCACUGGUGAACUACGCAGAAGCUGAUUUCGUUAGGCAGCUUAUUGACUUUCUCCGCCGCCUGGGUCAAGAAAAGGACUUCAUAAUUUUUUCAGCCGUCCGCGGCAUUCGCAGUGACAAGGAAGAGGCGAAGAAUGGCACCGUUGGGUUUUUAGGGGACAUGCGACGCCUCAACGUGGCUGUGACGAGAGGGCGUGUCAAUCUUUGGUUGGUUGGGAACGGCUGCUUCCUCAGGAGAGACAAAACGUGGGCCAGGCUUUACGCGUAUGCAAAAGCUCGCCAAGCCCUUAUCUCCAUCAGCCGCCGCAAUGCGCAACACUCCGCCAUCCUCACGAAGUGGAUUCUCAAGUACUGCAAGACGCAUCACCGCGAGAGGAAGUUACUGGAGGAGCAUGCGCCCCGCUUUUUAGCCGAUCUUUCGGAAAACCUAAAAGCAAUGAGGGAACGAAAACAGAAGAGGGGAAGCAAGGACGAUGAAGAACAGGGCGACGAACUGCAAACUGAAGGCCCCAUAAGCUGGGAACAGCCGAUAGACGACCCUGGGGCCGAGGAAGAAGCAGCGGGAACUGGAGAGAUGACAACUUUCCACGACGUAGCGGAUGAAGGCUGCUUGGACGAAGUCGCAGUUCACAUGCGCGAUGAGGCUCUGAAGUCCGCCGUGGAGGCCGAGGGCACUACAGCUCCUCUGUAG